AUGUCGCGAAAACCAACAGACGUUCCCUCUAAAGAGCGAAACGAAUAUAUCCCGUCGUUCAUCUCUAAAAAACCCUUCUAUGUCGAUGACGAGUCAUCUGCCAAUGACUACUUGGAGCAUCAGCGUUUACAUAAGUCGAAGGAAGGACAAUCCAAAUGGUAUGACAGAGGUAAGCGGGCUGGCCCCGCUGCCACCAAAUACCGCAAAGGUGCCUGCGAAAAUUGCGGCGCAAUGACACACAAGACAAGGGAUUGCUUAAGCAGGCCCAGGAAACACGGUGCCAAAUGGACUGGAAAAGAUAUCGAAGCUGAUGAAGUUAUUGAGAACGUUGAGUUGGGCUGGGAUGCAAAACGAGAUCGUUGGAAUGGCUAUGAUCCUAGGGAAUAUAGAAAUACCGUUCAAGAAUACGAGGACUUGGAAAUCCUAAAACGAAAGGCAAAGGGUGAAAUUGAGAAUGGCGGCAUCUCGGGGCAAGAAGCCGACGGUGACAAUGAAGAUAAUGGAGAGAUUGACGGCAUGGGUGAGGUUAAGUACGCCGAAGAGUCCGAUAUGGGCAGACAACAAUCUACCGCAACGCGAAAUUUACGUAUUCGAGAAGAUACCGCCAAAUAUUUGCUUAAUCUAGACCUUGAUUCCGCCAAAUACGACCCAAAAACAAGGUCAAUGGUUGAUACGGGUGCACAAUCGGACCAAGCCGCCGCCCUUGUUAUCGAAGAGAACUUUUUGAGGGCAUCGGGCGAUGCUGCUGAAUUCGAGCAGGCACAACGUUACGCAUGGGAGUCGCAAGAACGUGGUGACAAAGAUAGGCAACACUUACAGGCAAACCCUACACAGGGCGAAUAUUUCCGGAAAAAACACAAGGAGGAAGUGGAUGCAAAAAGCCAAGAACAAAAAAGAAAACUGCUAGAGAAAUAUGGUGGUGCAGAGUUUUUGAAGCCGGGAUUGCUUCAUAAAGCCGCUGUCACGGAAAAUGAACGAUUUGUGGAGUAUGAUGAAAGUGGUGCUAUAAAGGGACAAUCAAGCCAGGAUGCAACAUCGAAGUACCAAGAAGACGUUCUUAUCAACAAUCACACGUCAGUAUGGGGCAGUUGGUGGUCGAAUUUCAAAUGGGGUUAUGCUUGCUGCCAUUCCAUCGUAAAGAACAGCUAUUGUACUGGCGAGGCGGGUAAGACAGCUGCGGCAGACGCAGAAAACAUGCUCUUGAACGAGCUUCAAAAGGCCGGCGAAGAUCACGAUGCCCAUGAAAUUCGUCCGGAAAAGGUUGAAGAGAAGGUCAAAGGAACAUUGGCAAAAAGAUCUCUACAUGAAAUGCAGCAAGGAGUAACAGAGGAAGAGCUUGAGAAAUACAAAAAAUCUCGGCUAGCCGCUGAUGACCCCAUGGCAGCAUUUCUUGGGAAGGACGAGCUGGUUAUGUGA